UUUUGUUGUUUUUGUUGUUGCUGGUUCGAAGCAAGUUCCAGCCACAUGUAUGAAGGGUUAUGUUCAUGUUCAUUUCAGUCAAUUUAACGUAUCUGUCAAUUUUGGAUUUAUUUCUUCAACAUAAAACAAUACAUUCAACCUGACAAAAUGGUUAAACCUAGAAUAAUCAAAGGCGGCAAAGGACAGUGGAAAUCUAUUUCCUUAGACCCAACAGUUUUCAGUGCAGCUGAUUUGGAUGGUGUUAUUGGGAUUGAGGAACUGACGGAUUACUCCAUAAUAAACGCAAAGCGAUCGAAAAAGAAGAAUCCGACAGACAUAAACAAUGCAAGUGCAAAGGGAGAAAUGUCAAAGGAAAAGAAGGCCAAGGCCAAGAAAAAGAAACUCAAGAAGAGAAAAGGUGAAAAGCAUGUCAAGUCCCCCUCAAACACUGAGGCACAAGAACCAGGGGAAGUUCCAGUGGAAACCCAAAGUGCCGAGGAAAGCAAUGAGUUCAAUUCUGAUGAUCUGUCUACUCGGAUGGCAGCAUGGAAUGGUCUUGGCGUGCCACCAAUUUUGCUUCGUGCCCUUGCUGAAAAAUCAUUCCUAGCUCCAACAAAAAUACAGGCCCUGACGCUUCCAGCUGCAAUUUUUGGACGUAGAGACAUUCUUGGCGCUGCUGAAACAGGAAGUGGAAAGACUCUGGCUUUUGGCCUUCCUAUUUUGAAUGGAAUAAUUGAAGAGCUUGAGAAAAGAAAAUUGGAGAAUGAUGUGCAUUUGUCAGAUGAGGAAGACAUGAACAGUGACAAUGAAAAUUUUGUCAAUGAUGAUGAUGAAGGAGACUUUGAUGGGAAUGAGCAUGAAGCAAAUGAUUUUGAUGAAGGAACUGCUGAGGAAGAUGAAGAUGAUGAUGAUAAAGAAGAUGAAGAGAGUGUCGAUGAUGAAGAUGAUAAAAAAGGUGAAGAGAGUGUUGAUGAUGAAGAGGAUGAGGAAAAUAACAGCCUCAAUGGAGGAGACUCUGAUUGUGAGGAAUAUGGUGAUGACUUUGACAGUUUUGAUGGAACAGCUCAGUGUGUGAAAGUAAUAGAUAAUAUUACCUCUGGAUUUCCAACUGUCGGAGAAAGUAAUUCCAAAACCAGAUAUAUUUCAAAACCUUUGUAUGCUCUGAUACUGACACCUACAAGAGAAUUGGCUGUCCAGAUUUCGCAGCAUUUGAAGGCUGCUGCAAAAUAUACCACAAUAUCUGUUUCGGUUGUAGUUGGAGGCCUGUCCUCUCAAAAGCAAGAAAGAUUGCUUAAUCGUGGCCCUGAAAUAGUUGUUGCUACUCCUGGUAGAUUAUGGGAACUUAUUGAAGAAGGACAUCCCCAUCUUGCAAAAGUUAACACUCUGAAGUAUUUAGCUAUUGAUGAAACAGACCGCAUGUUAGAACGGGGGCAUUUUGAGGAACUUCAAAAACUUUUAUUCAGGAUAAAUGAAGAUGAAGCUCACAGGAAGAAACGACAGAAUUUUAUAUUCUCCGCCACUCUCACUCUCACUCAUGCCCCCCCUCGCUAUGUAGCACAAAAGAAAGGUAAAAAGAAAUUAAAGAAGCCACCCUCCAAACUGACACCUGCCCAGAAAUUAGACAAUAUUAUGAAGACAGUUGGGUUGUCAGAUCCAAAGAUUGUGGACAUCACUGAAGGUUCAGGAGUUGCUGAGAUGCUUUCAGAGGCACAAAUUAUUUGCUCACUGGGUGAAAAAGAUUAUUAUUUGUACUAUUUUCUUCAGAGGCAUCCAGGGCGUACAUUAGUGUUCUGUAACUCAAUUGAAGCUGUAAGGAGACUGUCACAACUAUUUACAAUACUAGGUUGUUCGCCUUGGCCUUUGCAUGCUAAAAUGCAUCAAAAAGCUCGCCUUAAAAACCUUGAAAGGUUUAUUGCCAGUCCCAAUGGUGUUUUACUAGCCACAGAUGUUGCUGCUCGGGGUCUCGAUAUACCCAAUGUCCAGCAUGUUAUUCAUUAUCAAAUACCACGCACAGCAGAGGGUUACGUUCAUAGAAGUGGCCGCACAGCGCGAGCUCAGCAACAAGGUCUAACUGUGGUAUUCAUAGAGCCCUCAGAGGUGAUCAAUUUUAAACGAUUGUUCCGGACCCUUUGUAGAGACCCUAAUCUUCCCAUGUUCCCUGUGGAAUCAGAAUGGAUGGCCAAUGUUAAAGAAAGGGUUCAUCUUGCUCGUCGCCUUGACACACUAGAACUACAAGCCAGACGUGUUAAUACAGAGCAUGGCUGGCUGGACAAAGCUGUCAAAGAAAUGGACUUGGUACUCAGUGAUGAUGAAUUACCCACAUCCUAUUCUCGUGAUGGUGGAGACAAAGUGAAGAAGGAAGCUGCAGCCCUUCGGAAGCAGUUAAAUAUUUUACUAUCCAAACCUCUUAUUCCUAAAGGUUUCUCAUCAAAGUUUCCUACACAGACAGGAAAACUGGUUGUUCCUCUGUUUCCUGGUGCAAUGUCGUCUAACUCAGAAAUCUAUAAGGAGACUGCUGUAGAUGCAUUGAAACAGUCAGUGGAAGAUCAGAAAUCUGAAAAGAGGAAACGAAAUAAUAAGCGAUCCAAAUUGAACAAAAGAAGGAAGAGACUAAGAAUGACUGAGGCAGCAGAGGAAGCCUCAAACCAAGAAAGUAAUGAACACAGUGACCAGGAUUAAAGGUGUAAAAUGAAGUAUAUAUAAUAAAUUAUGACCAUUAUUAUCAA